AUGUCCUCCAAGCCGUAUCCCGAAGGUGGCACAGUGCUGCAGACUUUCAAGCAGGCCUUCACCGAUGUAGCCGUCGACGCAAACAACAGGGUCGAUACGACGCAAUUUCUAGAGGCCACUGAGAGUUGGACGACACUUUUCGAUGCUAUUGCCGCAGUUGCCUUCUCGCCGGUGAAGAAGGACAUGCUAUUCAAUGUCGGGAGAAUUCGUGAGCAGCAGACCGCUGCUCCGGCCGAAUCUACCACCCUUCAGGAUCUUGUUGAGAACGAGCUCAAAUCAAACAAGCAAAAUGCAGCAGAUGGUUUACUUUGGCUCAUCCGUGCCAUUGAUUUCACGUUCCGCGCUCUAAAGCGCACGGUUGACAACCCAAAAGAGGAGCUAGCCGAGUCGUUUAGAAUCUCAUACAAGGAAACCCUCAAACCGUAUCACCCGUUCUGGAUCAAGCCUGUGUUCACUGCAUCCAUGUCUCUUUGUCCUUACCGAGCGGCCUUUAUUGCCAAUCUAGGGGAUGAUGCCGAACAGGCCACCUCGGAACUGAAGACACACCUUGAGGCUCUAUCUAAGAUUAUCAAUAUUCUGAGCCCAUUUAUUGAGGCCAAGGCUGCAAACAAAUGGAAAUGA